UCAUGCUGCGGAUGUCGACGCCUCAAAACACGCUAGAUCUCCCUUGGCUAGCUCUGUUUUUGUUGGUUUAUCUUAAAUAUGGCAACCCAAAAACCUGUUAACAUAAGCUCCGUGCCUAUUGAUGGUUUCAGUAACUUAAAAAUUACAUCAAUUUGGACGUUCCUCAUGUCUGUAAAGUGGUCGGAACCGUGGAUUAUUUGUGGUGUUGCGUUACACAUAAUGUGUCUUUGCCUGACUUUGGUGACGUGCAAGUUUUACAGAGCGCAAAUCUGCCACUUCCUGCUCAUAAUUGCCUUGGUUUACAGUGCGGAAUAUUUAAACGAGCUGGCAGCCAUGAAUUGGAGAUCCUUCUCCGAGUUCCAGUACUUUGACUCCAAGGGCAUGUUCAUAUCGUUGGUUUUCUCCAUCCCGUUGCUCUUCAACGCUGUCAUUAUUGUGGUUGUUUGGCUGUACAGAACCUUCUCCACCAUGGCCGAGCUGAAGACACUGCAGCUAAAGCGGAAGGCGCGCCUAGCCAAAAAAAUUGACUGAUUCUUUGACUUGCCGGGUAUUUGUUUAACGUGGGUGGACAACCCGCUGGCCUGUCGCACAUCCUCAAAACAAAUAGAACCUCAGAGGAACUAUUAUGAAAGCGGAACAGCGCCCUGCUCUAUAGUAAGUUCUGAAAAAUUGUGAAAAAGGACCAAAAAAAUGCUUUGUAUUUUUUUUUAUCUUGUCCUGUUCAGCUGCUUAGACAAGGAGAAGAGGUAUUACAUGGGAGUUUGAUGUACUCCCAUUGUGGUUUUUCAUGAUGUUUUAUUUAUUAGGAGAAAGCGGCACACAGGAAGGGGUUGUGGGGGGACAGAAAGGAAGGAAGCAGACAGAAGAGGAGAGGAACAAACGGCAACAAAAAAUACACUGUUAAACUCAUUUGCUAUGUAUUGCUAUGCUUUGCAUUUAAAUAUUAAUAAGCCUUUCAUGCACAAAUUAUUAUUAUUUUCAAACUCAGCGGCUGCCAUUGACAGCGCUUGACGUCCAAACCAUUUCGACCGGGAGGGGAGGAGCGAAAGAACAAAUGUUCUGUCGAAAUGGAAAAUUGAUUCGAUGUCUAGUGCCGUCAAUGGCGCUGAUGCAUUCACAGACAGUUUUCCUUGUUUCAGUGCGUACCGCACGCAACACGUCACUUUUGCUCAUUAAUAUUCAUGACAUUAGACAUUGUUGCUAGGCAGGUCAAGCUCGCGUUUGUCCCAAUAGCAAAUACAUGUAAAUAGUGUACGAACGAGAUGUUUACUGAGCUAAACCUACUAAUUCUGUCCGAAAAUGAUGUCCCUGGUGCCAAAUUCACUGGUAAAGAUGUGGAAGAACAUACAGAUGUUCAAUUCAAGAGAUGGCUUGAGUGUCAAGGGCUGAAAAAGACAGUAAAAAGAGCCGACCUGAUCCAGAGGUAAAAUCUCAAUUUUCUGGGGGAAGAAACAUUUUGAAUAGGAGGGCAUUUAAAUUAUUAUUUUUUUUUUUUAAACAGCGAAACCCUAACUGGAGGUGAGAGCAUGAGAGAGCAUAAUUAAAGAUGCCUUGAUUUUAACGAGAUAUUAUCGCGUACUUACCUCUUUCCAUGUAGUCCAUGUAGCAUGUAUCACAGUGUCUAGACACAGCUGUGAAUGGCCACAGCCGGAUUUUUGGGCGAUUUUGGGUGAAACAUGGUCAUAUAACAAGGUCGCGAUGCUCAAAUUGCAGACAUCAAGGAGUGGUCGAGAUUUUCUUUUUCAUAUAUUUUCCCUUUUAAACGUUUUUGUUCUUUCAAUUUGACCUUCGUUUGGAUCGAUCAUCUAAAAUAUCGGGGAAAAUGUGACAGUACCCCAAAAAAUACAAUUAAGUGAUAGUUAUGAGGUAGAUAUCCGUGACCUAUUUACAGACACAAUUUAAUUUUAUUCAUUGUGACUUCAUUUGUUUAAAACAUGCGAGUGAAUAAUGUUUUAAAGUAUUUUAACUAAAUGUAAGUCAUCAAUUAUUCUAAACUAAAAAUGACAUACAUUUCGAAUAAUUACUUUUUAUGGCUGGGUUGAAACAAGCGGUUGCGCGGUGUCUGUAAACAGGGGGUUCUCCAGGGUAAAACGGACAAAUUAAAAAUUGUUCGGGGGCUUAAUGCGCUAUGAAACUGCUAUGGCAGCAUAUAGACAUAUUGUUUUAUCAAACACAGCAGUUCUUUUGGCUUAAAAUACAGCAGUUUAUUUUAAGGCUGCAGCUAUCGAUUAUUUUAGUAGUCGAUUAUUCGAUGAACUGGUUAGUUCGAAUAAUCGAGUAAUGAAAAAUUAAAAUACCUGAGCUGAGCAUCAAAUGGGAUAAAAAAUAAAUAAAUGAGGAAUUAUGUACAACAAAAGAACAAUUGGCUAAUUUAAAUAGCAAUAGUCCGCUAGCUUAAAUGCUAUAAAAUGCUAAUUUAAAUUUUUUUAUUUUAUUUUACAAUGCUCUUAACAAAUGGUUCGAACACAUAAUC